AUGUCAGCGCCCAAAAUCGAGUUCCUGCGCUUCACCGGCCAUAAGUCCUUCACUCAGCGCCUCGUCCUCUCGACCUUAACUGGCCGCCCUGUCCACAUAUCUAAGAUCCGCUCCUCGUCACCCACCAACCCCGGUCUCGCCCCGCAUGAGGUCUCCUUCCUGCGCCUGCUCGAGGCCGUCACCAACGGCUGCUCGAUGCAGAUCUCCUAUACGGGAACAACCAUGACGUACCAACCGGGCCUGAUCACGGGCGCCGGCGAUGGCGACGUCAUUGAUCACCAGCUGCCCGCCAACUGUACGCGCGGCGUAUCCUACUUUCUUCUGCCAUUGUGCAUGCUGGCGCCGUUCUCCAAAGCGCACAUGAAUGUGCGGUUUACGGGUCCCGGGGUCAUCACCUCAGCGACUGACACGGGCGAUCUCUCUGUCGAUUCGUUCCGCACUGCCAUCUUACCUCUCUACGACCUCUUCGGCAUCCAAGCAGCGCGCAUCGAGCUCCGCGUGCUGCAGCGCUCGUGCGCAGGACCCCGAGGUAUGGGGGGCGCUGGUGUGGUGGAAUUGCGCUUCGCGAGCCAGGUGCGCUUGCCCAAGACCUUACAUUUACAUCGCAACCCCGGAAGAAUAAAGAGGAUACGCGGCGUGGCUUACGCGACGGGAGUCUCGGCUUCGAAUAAUGCACGCAUGAUUCACUCGGCGAGGGAGGUGCUCAAUCCAUUUGUCUCGGAUAUACAUGUUGCGGCACAAUACGACCAGGCGCCAGCUCCCGCGGGAGGCGACAAGAAAGGCGGGAAAAGGCUUGGCAUAGGCUUUGGCUUGAGUUUGGUCGCUGAAUCAAGUGCGAUUGGCGUUCUCUAUGCGGCCGAUGUGGUUGCGCCGCCCGAAGGCGGUGUGAUCCCCGAGGAUCUUGGAAAGAGGUGUGCGUAUCAGUUGCUGGAGACGAUAGAAAAGGGAGGAUGCGUGAGCUCCGCCGCCGCAAAUACGAUACUUACCUUGAUGGCCAUGGGCUCCGAGGAUGUGGGCAGAGUUAGACUAGGGAGGGACGUGGUAGGCACAGAGCAAGUCAUUGCGCUUGCGAGGGAUCUCAAGACGUUCGGCGCAAGUAGCUGGGGUCUGAGAGACGUGGACGAAGACCACACGAACGACAUCAUAGUCUCGGUGAAGGGGACAGGUGUUGGUAAUGUGGGACGUAAAGUAGCGUAA